UCGUUCAGGGUUUAGGUCAAGUUGAUGUUUAUUUGUUUGUUCUUUGGAGUAGAAAAGCAGUAUUUGACUAGAACCAGUGAAGAAGAAGAGUAGGAAGAAACCAGAUCUGAAAGCUAAUAUCUCCUUCUUUCUCUCUCAGUGUAAGCAGCCACACAAGGUCUUAUCAGUUACACAGAAAGAUACAUACACUCACACCCACAUCAUUAUAUGAUCUGACUAUUCUUUCUCCAAUAUGCCACGCCCUUUUUUCCACAAGCUGAUUCUGCCCUCUACCAUUCAGGACAAGAAACUGAGAAUCCCAGAUAACUUUGUUAGGAGAUUCAAGGGUGAACUUUCUGUUGCUGCUGCUCUCACAGUUCCUGAUGGUCAUGUUUCCCGUGUAGGAUUAAAGAAAGCUGACAACAAGAUAUGGUUUCAGGAGGGUUGGCAGGAAUUUUUAGAACGUUACUCUAUCCGUGUUGGCUACUUUCUGAUUUUCAGAUAUGAAGGGAAUUCAGCUUUUAGUGUCAGUAUAUUUAAUUUGUCUGCGUCUGAGAUAUUCUAUCAUUCCAAUACUUUCGGUGGUGCUGAGGCAUUUGGUCACGGUAGACAAUAUCCAUUUGAAGAAUUGGAAGAUGAGGACAACAUCUCUCCACCACUGCAGAAUUUGUUUGGUGGGUCAAAACUUAGCAACUGCAUAAAUUGGAGUGCUGAUGGAAACCUACAUGUCUCAAAGGGUGCGGAUAAUCAAUGUGCUCAACAUAUAGGUGUUAAUCUUAAUGAAUUUGAGAUUAAAAACUCUGCUAAUGAAGUCAAAUUGCAUGCUUCAGCUGAAGAGCCACAGAAAACCAAAAAACGUGGGCGGAAAAGGUUGAAGCCUGAUCCUAACGAACAAAAUUCAUCAGCUAAAAAUGAAGAUGAAGCUGAUAACCGCUUUAGAUUUUAUGAGAGUGCUUCAGCAAGAAAGAGAACUGUGACAGCUGAAGAAAGGGAGAGGGCAAUUAAUGCAGCAAAAGCAUUUGAACCAGUUAAUCCUUUCUGUAGGGUUGUCCUGCGGCCUUCUUAUCUCUAUCGGGGCUGUAUUAUGUACUUGCCAACUUGCUUUGCUGAAAAGCAUUUAAGUGGGGUUUCAGGAUUUAUUAAACUUCAGCUUCCCAAUGGAAAACAAUGGCCUGUUCGAUGUCUUUAUAGAGGGGGAAGGGCUAAGUUUAGUCAGGGAUGGUAUGAAUUUACAUUGGAGAAUAAUCUGGGGGAAGGAGAUGUUUGUGUCUUUGAGCUGCUGAAGACAAGGGAAUUUGUGCUUAAAGUCACUGUAUUUCGUGUCACGGGUAGUGCUGAGGUGAUGAACAUGAACCGGCCUUAAUGACAAAACACAGAGACCAGCUAAUCAAACCAGCUAAAAUCUAGCAGCCGGUAAUUCCUGAAAUGUUAAAAAAUUUAUCAAGUAAUCUUUUUUUCUCAGCUGAGGUGUUUUGCUCACCAUCUGGUUUCUGCAUAAGAAAGUCAGAUGCUGUGCUAGUUGAUGCCUAUAAUCUUCAUGGAAACUUUAGUGGUUGUAGGAGAUUGGAUACGCGAAUUUUGUGUCUUGGCUAGGGCUGUAAAUAGAUUGUGCAAUGAAAUUGACAUUGACAGUGAUCCACACUGCUAAAACAGGCCUUUAGAUUUAAUUUCAUUGCUUAUUUGACUGUUUGUAGUUUCUCAUUAUUGCUUGGAUGAUGCUUUCUGUUUAAAUGGUGCGGUGUAAUGGUUUUUCCAUUAACAAUGAGGAACAUAGUCCUUAUUCAUAUGAUCUCCCUUCUUUGCAUGCAUCUCUUUGAUGAUAAACGAUGUUUUCUUUU